AUGGCUUCAAAAUCACAGCCCGCCCGUGGAGGCGCUGACAGCAAGGCUGUCGCUACUGGCGCUCCUAACCAGACACUCUACUGCACAAAUUUGCCCGACAGAAGAAUUCAGAAACAGGAUCUCCGAACCGCACUCUAUGCCUUGUUCUCCACAUACGGCACUGUUCUCGAUGUUGUUUGCAUGAAGACCAACAAAAUGCGAGGCCAAGCCCAUAUUGUGUUCAGGGAUGUCCAAGCUAGUACGCAGGCACUCCGGGCUUUACAAGGAUUCGAUUUUUUCGGCAAACAGAUGAAAAUCGUGUACGGCAAGGGAUCAUCAAAUGUCAUUUCCAAACUUCGGGGCACAUACGUCGCGCCAGUUGAGACUGCGCCGGCCCCCGUCACGACCGACCUCCAGAAGUCUAUCUUCGGUGCUCCUCCCGGUGCACUCCCUCCACGACCCACAACCGAUACCAAUGGAGAGGGCCAUGGCGUGAAGCGACCGCGUGAAGAGGAAAGCGACAACGAAGAAGCCCCGAUGGACGAAGACAGCGACGUGCCUAUGGACGCGUCCUCCGAUGAGGAGUAA